AUGGUUCCAACCAGCUGGGCUCAUUUGUCUCUCUUUUUAAUCCUAGCAAUAAUAAGCUAUAAUCCAGUUCUUGCAUGGCGACCCACACCCACGCUAACAGCAACAGAUAGUAAUACUGAUGGGCUGUUAUGCUUCAAAUUCAGAGUUCAUGUCAUCAAUGGCCUGAGUAGCAAUAACAAUCCGUUAUUGCUGCACUGCGAGUCCUUGGAUGAUGAUCUUGGGAACCAUACACUCUACGUGGGAGGGGAUUUCAAUUUUAAGUUCGGAUUGAAAGUAUUGGGAGGAAAAACAAUAUUCACUUGUGAUUUUAAAUGGGAUUUGAAGCAUCAGCAUGUGUUUGUUUUCAGGGAUAGUAUAGAAGCCUCUACGUGCUGCGUUGGUGAUGAUAAUUGCUAUUGGCGAGCACAAGAUGAUGGGAUCUAUUUUAAAGUUGAUGGCCAGCAGAAUUGGGAGAAGCAAUAUGACUGGCUUCAAUAG